CAAGCAAGUCCCUAUGGGGUGCGUAUGGAAAAUUUUCGGAACCACAUAAUUUUCAGCCAAUCAGAAGGACUACCGAGAUCUUGGUAGUGACACGUCAUCAGUAUAGAAUUUCGACGCUAGUUCCUCAGACGGCAUUUCACCUGGAAACCAGUGGUGGACAUGGCGAAAUGGCAGGUGUUUACUCAGGCUACACAAUUAUUGAAAAUUAUAUGGUGAGAAAACCAUACAAAGAAAAGGCAUUAAGGAGUUUUAAGGAGAAAUUAGUACCUAUCUAAGUUGCUAAUGUGUGACUGUUUCACAAUGUAGGCCUUGAAUCAUAUCCACAGCAUGAACUUGCUAAGAAACAGAUGACAGGCUUUGGUGGAAUGGUGACUUUCUUCAUCAAGGGAGAUUUGGAAAAUGCCAAACAAUUUUUUAAAUCGUCCAAGGUAUAUUUCUGUUAUUUACUGUUAUUAGUAGAUUGUAGUACUCAAUAGCCAAAGGCAAGGGAGUGCAACCAAGAUUGAUGCGACGAAAUGCUCUUUCUCAGUGCUGUGCUUUGGAUAAGACAAAGUUAGUGUGACAUGUUAGAAGGUGAAAAGUCGUGCGUGAUCAGAUUGCGCUCUGUGUAUUCCAUUUAUCAUUGGUGGAAGGCCAAAGGACGGCUGGCUACAACGUGCCACGCAUGCAUAAUGAUAGCAACUUGGAGAUGAAUUGUGCACUCCUUUGGUCGCCCGCAAUAAUAUAAGCCUGACUGUUGUCAUUUUGUUUUUUUUUUUAUUUAUAAUAUAUUCGUUUAUGUCUUGAUUACCCUUAAUAUGCAACAGCCCUAAAUUCGUCCCGCUCCUUUGCAAUAAUAUGCCCUUCUCUAGAAGCCGCACUUACUCUGCAAUAAGCACCCUCUUCCGAACAGAGUGUUAUAAAAGCCUGUCUUCUCCAAAAAAUCUCCUCCCAUAUCUGUAGUUGGUCUUUUCUCAUCUUGAAUAGGCAGUCCUCUGCAGCCAGAAGUCAGACUUUGCAAGAUAAACCUUCUAUUAAACAAACCUUGUUCUCCCAAAUUAGUGAAAGCCUUUUUAUAAGCCCUUCCUCUCUCAAUGAACAAGCCAUCUCUAAUAGAAGUACCCCCAGCCUUUGGAAAUCAAUUUGUAUGAUCAUCAAUACAUCCCCGCUUUGGCUGAAACUCGCCCCCUGUCUACCUCCUUCUUAAUUUGCCACCCCUCUCUUUUAGGUGUUUUGUUUGAAAGCCAUAUGUUACACGGGACGAUUUGCAAUGACGAGUUUUAGCGCAACACAGCGUUGCAAUGUUGGAACAAUGUUGCAACGUUACGUUGCGUUUAAAAUCGUCGUUGUCAAUCGUUCCGUGUAACAUCACCUUUACCCCCCUGUUCCUCAUUAAGGGUAAUAUUCCUGUACAUUCCUGGAAGACUACGAGAACGAGAUUUGCGAGGAGUGCGCGAGCUUGAUCCAGUGUUAUUCUAGAGGGAAAACCCGAUAGUCGUCGUCAUUCUUUCCAUGGGUUUUAGGCAUUUUAUAAUGUAGUACCGGGAACAAGUUAUCAAAUGCUAGAAGUUUUAUCAUUUUGCGAUCGAGAGAGGACUUUACCUCCUUCAAUAAAAAUAACUCUUCUGGUGGAAAGUAGUAAAAUGAAGCUUUCAAGGGUGUUUUUUUAACUCUUCGUUUAAGCCCCAAUAUCUACAUACCAGUUCUCCAAACUGAUCUUCUCGAAUCUGAACGUCUCUAAUAUCGAUCCUUUUUAAUUUCAGUUGUUCACUCUAGCUGAGAGUUUAGGAGGAUUUGAAAGUUUAACGGAACUACCGUAAGUGUUUUAUUUAGUUUUGUGACCACUAAAGAACAUUGCAUGGCAUAUUAUCACUGCUGAAAUGGCCCCUUGUAAUGUCAGCUUUGAAGCUGCAGUUGAAAAAUGCAUUUUGGAGAAGAUAACUUACAAAAUGUAGCGUGAUUAGCUAAGACUCAGUCAUGUGAUUUAUUUGUUUUUUGGAAUAGUGUGCAUUUAAUUGAAAUAAGAUGUAUUUGCCAGUGUUUCCGAAUGGUACAUUUAGUUUCGAAACUAAGAUACGUUUUGUUUCAAAAGUCUCUCACGGGCAAGUAAGAUUGAGACACUGGAAAUGGGGCAGGUCUAAGGAGAGGAAAUAUGACACUAUCCUCAAGGACAUCUCAUUGGAGAGUGAUUGGAAAAGGUCUUUCAAUAAACGUCUUAGUCAGGUUCAGCCACUUACAGUGAAUCUAGAUGUGUUUUUUCAAGAGUGUUGUUGUGUAGCAACCUGGCUCUAGCGUCGGUGGUUUAAGUAGCUUGUAGAAAGUAUUUCCGCGCGGUUUCAUUGCGGAAGCGUAAAUGAUUAAUAUGAGCAGGAAAUAGUUCGCGUUCGCUCAGAAAUACUUGCUACGUAUGGUAUGGGUCAAGCCCAAAUUAUUAGGGAGUUUAGGCAGUGACGACGACGGUAAUAAAAACAUCUGUUUAGAGUUAGACCCUCUCAAUUUGCUAAAUAAAGGUCAUUUAUUUCCUGCCGUUUAAUGAUUAAGGGCUGCAUCCAAGUUCAGAAAAGGAAAAUUCGUCGUCAUGUAUUCACGUCCUCCAUAAACGCAUCAGGGAGUUUCACGCCGUACACUGUAGUUGUGUAGUGGACGUCAAAGAAAUAUGUUCCAAAAAGCGUGAUACACGUACAGAGCUGUUGUUUUGCUUAUAAAACCAAUUGUUUUUCAAGUCGUCGUUGUCGUUGUCAUGGUUACUUAAGCCCCUUUUUUUUCUGGUCAGUGAUCGGUUGUGAUCCUGUUAUACAUUGUUUCCAUUACUUUGAAGAGCCAUUUGGGCCUUCUCAAACUCACUUUUAGACUUUUAUCGCUAAACGGACAAGUCACUUGAUAUUUCAGGGCAAUUAUGACUCAUGCAUCAGUCCCAAAAGAGCAGAGGGAAGUCUUGGGAAUAUCAGACACACUGGUGAGUUGUACAAACGAAAAGGAAUCUAGCCUGUGUUAACUUUCGCAAAGACUUCUGGAACGUCGUAAAAACAUAACAACUUUCUUUAAUUUUCCAGACAUGUUUCGACGGUACAUCCGUCAUCUUCAGUGUUCCAUAUUUUGAAAUCGACGUUGAAUUUAAAGCGCGCGCGAUCUUACAAAGUUCGUUACAUUGCGUUAUCAAUAUUGCGUACUAAAACAAAAAAAAUUAAAUGAGUGACGCUUAGUUCUUUACAGAGAGAGAGUCGGGUUAAUGUGUUUCACCUACUGGUUGAUAUCGGGCUUCUCCCAUUUUAUUAGCUUGCGUAGCAAGCGUUUCCUCGCGAGGUUCGUCUAGAAAGCUGGGACAAGAGCAAAAAAAAAAAGAAUGACGGGGGAGGGGGAGGGGAACGAAGGAACCGCUUGCCCGCAAACCCCACGAUUUUGAAAAACUGCGUUCGCCCACGAACGCAGCUUCUGAUUGGCGCGGUGCGGGUAGUGUUGAUUACUUAGCAUUCGAAACAUCAAUCAAACCAGGUAUGCUUUGUUUUCGUGCGUCACAGAUCUGGUCUCAUCCGAUUUGUGGUCGCAGAUUACAAAUGCUUUGGACUGAUAUUUAUUGGAAUCGUGUUUGUGCGAAGGUUUAUGAGAUCAGAGUCUUCAAAGUAUAAUUGGAGAUCGAGCAGUGGAGACUAGGGAAGGCCAAUUUCUUGAGAAUGACGGCGUGCGGAUCUGACUGGAAAAAAUGGACUGUUUGUUGGAGAUAACAUCAACAUGAAUCAGAACAUCGGUACUCGACACUAGCUAAAGCCGCCAUGGACAAGCGAUUUGUCAGCUUUUUGAAAUGAAAAGAUUCUUUUUGUUUAUUGGAAAUUUAGCGGCAUCUAUUGUAGAGAACGUUUCGACACAGGCUGAAGAGCGGCCGCUCUGCAAAACUUAUACCCGGCGGAGUGAAUUGUUCCGGACAAAUCAUUUUUGACGUGUCGAUAAGGUUUCAGACGAGAUAAAGCCACACAAUAAAAAAAACAAGAAAUUCCGCAGAAAUCGCUCAUAGUUUUAACUUUCUUUAUCGUAAAUCUUUUUUAUUACAGUUUUUGCAAUCGCCUGGAACGUGUUCUAUUAGAGAACAAAGUAAUUUUACAAAUCUGGUAAUCCAGGGGUAAUCUGUUCGUUAUACUUCUAUUUUGACGAGCUGUCAAUUUACAAAUGAACCGAACCGUGAAAUAUCAAGGGGCGUUUUCCAGAAUCGUGGGGUUUGCGGGCAAGCGUUUCCUCUUCUCCCCUCCCCCUCCCCCUUCAACCUUUUUUUUUGCUUCCGCUCUAACUUUCGCGCAAUAACUCGAUUGGAAACGCUUGCUACGCAGGCUACCAUUUUAUAAACAUGGAUUCCUUAAGCUUCACUUGGUGUUUAGUGGCUGCAGAGUCUAGGAUCUCGAGGUAAUCCGGUGUUUAGGAUGCUCUACAAAACUCUGAACUCUGCAGAUGUUUAGGGAAAGUUCAUUUAAUAUGACAAGGGGGGGGGGAUGAAGAUAUUGAGGGGGGGCUCCGAAAUUAUUUUUAGACACCCGAAGGGGGGCUCUGAAAAAAUUGUUGCGCUAGGAGGGGGGCUCCGAAAAUUUGUAUACUUCAAAACCAACACAUGACAUCAUCAUACAGAUCGGAUGGUUUUCAACUCAACAAUUUAAUGACCUGUGCAACUCAGCUAUAUCACGUGGUUUACAGAUAAUGUAGUCUCAGUAAUUAUUACACUCUUGUUCAUCCUAAAAAUGCUUUAGAAAAUUGUAUCACAACUGUAUCUCAAGUUUGUCAUAGUAUAAACCAUUGAAGACAAUAACGGUAAAUAUAUUUAAUAUAGUCUAGCGAUCUUUUUUUCAGGGGAGCAAAGGAAUUGAAGGGGGGGGGGCUCUGAAUUUUUUUUCGACUACCAAGGAGGGGGCUCCUAAAAAUUGAACCGCUAGCGAGGGGGCUGCUAAAAUUUCAAGCUUCGAGUUUCAAUGUCUUCAUCCCCCCUUGUCAUAUUAAAUGAACUUUCCCUUAAAAACGUUCGAAGACCUGUCUGGUAACGGUUUUCGGCUGGUUUCACCGACAUAAAAGCAUUAAAAUUGAAAAAUUUAUAGACCACAAUAGCCCCUAACGGUGCGUAAUCAAAAAUAGGUUUCAUAACCGAAAUACUUUGCCGUGACUGAGAAACUGAACGUACGGGAUUUUAAAGAAGAAAGGUGUUUCCUGGGGCCCAUUCUGGAACGUUUCUGGGGACAAAGUUUUGAACAGCGUGUAAUCAGAAAUAAUUCAGUUUUAAUUGAUUUCGUUUCUAAAGUUUUGCCUCAGUUUCGAAGUUAAAGUAUCAUAUUUUCUAUUUAUUUAUCUAUUUAUUUAUUUAUGCAAUCAGUUCCACCCCAUGGUGCGGCACACACAACAAAGCGGGGCUCCAAUUUAAGUGUGUCCUUACAGAUAACCCACCCAGCCCAGGAGAGGUUGGCCACAUCACCGGGAUCUAAGUCCCCUACUCUUUUCGAACAGCAGUGUGGGUUCUUUUACGUCCCACAGAACCAGAUAAGUGAAAGUGCUGUGAAGGGGACGUACAGUUUUUCGUCCUUAUCCGGGAAGAGUAGAACAUGAGUCUAAUCGAUUGCAGAUGUCAUCGCAAGGGCAGCACUUUCUCCUCAGUUAUUUAAACACCCUGAGAGUUGUUUCGGCUGGGGUUUGAGCCCGCGACCUCCUGCUCAGCAGACCGGCGCUCUCCCAACUUAGCUAACCAGGCGGACUGUCAACCAGGCGGCGGACGUUUUCCAGAAAAUGAAAGUAUGCAAAAAAAAAUGUAACUUGCCUUAUACUAGGUUUUGGGGUGGAGAUAUUUCUGUGUUAGAGGUUGUUGUCUUUCUCACUUACUGUUUCUUACCGAAGGUGUUACUGAAGAAAAGUUAACUGUAUUGUUAAUUUUCAACCACUGACUCCAACGGUGGUUGCUUAUGUUUCUUAACAAGUGUUUUCGUCUACAUUUUUUUUUUAGCUGUUAGCACAUUCAUUUGUCGAAUUCCUAGUUUUAGCGUUGACCCCGAAGAUCACUGAGACUGCCAUUCGAGGUCUAGUAUGAGCCAGUGGUCUGCCUGUGGUUCACGGACCGUAUGUUCUCAAUGGCUUGUUGCUGAGGAAGUUAGAGUUGACGGUUCUCUGUCAAUUUUGAUAGUGAAAUGGUGAACUACUUGACAGGGAAGGUGCCUGGCUGAUCAUGAUCAUUGCUUUGUAUUUUAGAUACGUUUGUCUGUGGGCCUAGAGGACACUGAGGAUUUAAUUGAAGAUUUGGAUCAAGCCUUGAAGAACGCGGUA